UCGCGCGCGCAAGCAUUAGGUGUUCUGUUGUCCCGCAUUCGUAGUUGUUGUUCUCUAGAUUUAUGUUUUGUUUGGGGUAGUUUAUGUUAACGUGAUGUCCUAGAAGUUAUGAUAUUAAUUUUAUUUGCUUAAAAAACCUUUAACCUGUAUUAUUUUCACUACUGUAAAACCUUUUCUAUCCGAAAUGCAGUGUCGUUAUCACUUUUAAACCAUUGUGAUGUUACGUUAAGCUGGCAAUUGAGUUGCUGUUUAAUAACGUAGUGAAAUACUUAGUUAACAUUUUUUUAGACACCUAAUCUUAAAACUCGUUUUCAUUAAAGAACAGAAUGACACCUUUGAUACGAAAAGAGGCGAGUGCUGUGUCGGACUUCGAAUCUAAAACUGAAAAUAAUAUCAGUAAGAUAAAAUGCGUAUUGGUAGGUGAUGGAGCUGUGGGCAAAACGAGUCUUAUAGUAAGCUAUACAACUAACGGCUACCCAACAGAGUAUGUUCCUACGGCCUUUGACAACUACUCUGCUGUGGUGACAGUUGACAAUCAACCAAUCAGAUUGCAGCUAUGUGACACCGCUGGUCAGGACGACUUUGACUCUCUCCGGCCGCUCUGCUAUCUCAACACAAAUGUGUUCCUAUUAUGUUUUAGUGUAGUUUGUCCCACCUCAUUUUACAACAUCAAAGAAAAGUGGCUUCCAGAAAUCAGAAGACACUGUCCAACCGCUCCUGUCCUCCUGGUAGGAACACAGUGUGAUUUGAGGACAGACGUGAAGGUGUUGAUCGAACUCGCCCAUUAUCAGGAACAACCAGUGACCGAACAAGAAGCUCGUAAACUUUCCCAAUGGAUGAGGUCAGUUGGGUACAUCGAGUGUUCUUCCUUGACCCAGAAAAACCUCAAAGAAGUGUUCGACACAGCCAUCUUAACUGCUCUUCAAAACAUCAGACCAGAUAGUACUAAUACAAGUUGGAUUAGUACCAAAGACAAUUCUGUUUUUUCGAAAUUCGCAUAUUCAGACUCUUUAAAUGUCCCUUGGCAAACCAGAGACGUGUUUAGCGUUAAAUCCAAGAAUCGGAAAAAGAACUGGUGGAAGAAACUAUGUUGUUUUCUUAAAUGAACCGCAUCCAAGUUGGAUAGCUCACUCUUACCGAUGUCAUUAUUUUGACGCUUAUUGUAUAAUAUGGUCUGACAGGUUGAUUUACUGCCACAAGAAUAUUGACUUGUAAGUUAUGAUAAAUAUGUACUGCCACUAAAAAUACCAAGUUGUGACCGCAACACAACUGUAAUACCGGUUGUGACAGGUCAAGAAGAGGUCAUUUCCAAGAGUAAAUUUUCAGUUCAUUUAUACCGUUCCUAUUCCAGACAACUCAUUUUCAGAUAACUUUUUUGUUAUUAAUAUGGACAAGAGAAUAAUAGUUUUGAAGCGAUCGGGUAGAUAGUGUUUAUGCACAGUGAAAAGAUAAUAUGAAUUUAUUCCUUUCGUUGUAACAUGAACAAUUUGUGUCUUAAUUUUUAUAUGGCAACCUUUUGAUUAUUAAGAACAUGUAUUACACGAAACAUUGGACAUCUAUAUAUAUAUAUCUUAAGAACCUUUACAGUAAUGCCAAAUCAGAUUUUCCUUCCGUUUAAACUAGGCGUAUAUUUGUGUCUUCUUUGAAUACAUAUUAAUUAUUUAUCCCCCCCCCCCAAAAAAAAGCUUUUGUAAGUAGAAGAAAAGACAUAGCUUAAAAUAUUUACCAUUCCGACUAAUUGACAUGUCUUGACAUUUGCUUUUGAAUCCAAAUAGGUUCAAACAUAAGAAACACAGCGAAUGACAGCAUUUUUUAAACAGAAUGUUUUGCAUAACAAAGAAGAAGCAAUAUGUUUUCUAAAAGCGAGAACAUUUUGGAUUGGUUAAGAAGUUAAAUUUAUUAUUCACUAAAUAAAGAAAAAUAAUCCGCUGUGUAGAGAAAAAAUGCAAGUUUGAAAACAAACAUAACAAUAUCAGCAGAAACUUUACCUCAAAAAAAUUUGUGAACUCAGUGAAACAGUGUUAAUGGAACCGUCACUGGUUUUUAAAUUAACAGGUCUAUCCGAAGCAUAGCUUUAAAAGUUAGGUCACUUCAAAGUCCUUUUAGAAAAAAUGUUAAUAUAUACUAGAGAUCUCAUUAUUAUUGUUUAUUCACGUCACUGAAGUAAGGCUGUCUUUGAAAUAUAUUUUUAAACUUUAAAACUCAGUAAAAAAGAUGCUCUAGAUGUCCAGUUUGUCAAGAAGGCAGCGGCCAAAAAAAAAAAAAAUACUGAAUGCGAUUUUUGGAAUUCUGAAAUGUUCGUGUUAAUGUUUAAUUUUACUGAUAUGCUAGAAUUGAGUUAUAAUACUGAGAGUCAUAAGAACUGUAUUUAAUUUGUUGAACGUUAUUUGGAUCAGCGUAAACUGGACUUCCAAAUACGAAACACGUCUGAAAAGAAAUUGUAAAUAGUAGGAAGAAACCUCUAGUUUGUGCAACUAUUUUUAUACACAAAUCUGUGAUGAAAAGGUUGUUCGCAACUUGUCACAAACACAUGAAUGUGAAUGAUUCAUUGUAGUUACAUCUAUUAUCUUUGUACGAUUAUGUUCUAUGUCUAUAUAUUUAUAUAUACCUAUUUUGUGUAAGGAAGAGAGUAAUUUGUAUCCUUUCUUUGUGUGAUACAUAAGCUGAUAGCAAGCUUAACCAAGAAAUCUGUAUACAUAUCAAUUUUCAUGGAUUGAAAAAUCAGCAUUACUGGCGCGUAAGAGGUAAUCUUUGAGGCUCUUGUAUAUAACCAUACUGCGUAUUCGAGAAAGGAAUUCACUACUUUAAUACUAGACAGCUGAACGGGUUUAUAGGUAUCAUGCAUCUCCCGCUGUUGCUAUAAUUAAUUAUGAAAAAUCUAAGCUUAGCCUUCAUGGUCUGCUCAAAGAUUACAGCUCAGCUGUAGGCCUUUUAAUGUUGAUUGAAUUUAUAUAAAGAAAGAAAAUUACUAAAUCUCUAUAUUAAACUGUAAAUAAUGACUGUGCGCCCUUUUAAUGACUUGUAAUUCUCUAUAUAAGUUGGAUAAAUGGAAUUAAAAAACAUUUGUAAAUAAAGUGUGUUAUGUUCAAGAUUGAAAUAUGAAAAUGCGCAUGCGCGGUACAAAAUGGUAAUAUGCAAUUGUAAUUAGUAUAUUAUUAGCCUGUUAAAGGACAAGCUCCUUAGAAAUUCGGUAAUAAUAUUUCUAACUAAUUGUUUACAUAGUGUACCAGUAUCGCUAAGACCUAUGUGUGUUCUAAAAUUACAUGCCUAAUUUUCGUAGUUUUAUUUUUUAACCAGGAAUAGCUUAAUUUUUUCUUUAUUGGAAUCCUUAAGUUGUUAUGUUUAAAUAAGUUAGACUCCUCAUUAAGUUUUAUAUGCAAACAAUAACGAAAAUUGACAUUGUUAUGUUGCUUUGUCAGAAAACUUUAUUUUUAGACCUUUCAAUUAUUGUAAGUACCUGCUCAGACCUCUCUCUCUCUAUAUAUAUAUAUAUAUACAUAUAUUAUUCUUAAGUACCUGCUCAGACCUCUCUCUAUAAAUAUAUAUAUUGGGGGGGGGGGUAUAGGAAUAAAAUCACAUUGGUGAACCUGGCAGAAUCAAGAAAAACACGUAUGCAGGAAAGGAUUAUUUUAAUUUUCUAUUUCAUAUGGUAACGUACAGGUAAUAGAUCUAUCUUAGAUGCUUCAAUUCUGUAGUUGAAUGCUCUUACUUCCAGGUAACAAUCUAAAUAAAUCAUUGAAUUAUUAUUUUUUUGGUUCUUCGAUUGAACAAUGUUACUUACAGGUAUUGUACCUACUUAUAACUUCCCAAAACAAUUUUAUGUGAAAUAUAGACAUAUUUAAGUAAGAAAUUGAAAGAAAAUAUUUUUAUACUGUGUUUUCAUUACGCGUGCAACAGAAGGUUAAACAUUCAUCAUAAUAAAUAGAUAUUGUUUUACGUUCUUGUAUAGUAAAUAUGUAUACCUAUCUGUAUACCGAACGUGUAAUUUCAUUCUUGGUUGACACGUGUAAGGUUGGUCAGCUAUUACAACUUUGUGAAAUGUAACCACGAGCUUUAUAUAUUAGACAGAAUUAUAAAGAAAAACAGGAUUUUACAAUCAGUUUCUGUGAACCCAGUUGGAGUUUAAGUAUUAAAAAUAAAAGGAGUUUUCCAAGUUCUAUAUUAAACUGUUUAUAUGAAAAACAGUCUCUAAGAGAUGCAAUUAACCGUUUAUAACAACAUCACCAGUUAACAUUUAGUUUAUCUACUUAUAACUGGUAUUGUCAACAAUGGUACUCACAUUAUUUAUAAGAAAUGCACACGAACUGAGAUUUCAAGCAUAUGUAUUUAAUAGGGCAAUUAAUGUUACACAGAAACGAAUAAAUAAUAGGUAUAGAAUGGAUUACUGGUAGUAAGCUACCUUAUGUACAUAGGUGUAACUUUCACGGGGAACAUGCACCCCGCACCUUUUCAAAGAUAGAAUGUUUUUGUUGUUUUUUUCUCAUAAAAUACCCUCAUGCAUAUUCUAGCUACAGAAACGGUUCCAUCCCACGCCACUGUUGAUGUAUGUAGUAUCCACUUGUAUUUUGCUCAAGGUUAAAUUUUGCGUUUUCAUACACUUAACAAAUACUUAAAAUCAGUCCGUGUAUUUCAAUGUAGUUGCAAAUAAAAUUAUUUUCAACUAGAU